AUGAAUCCGCCACCUUCGUCGCCUCGACUGCCUCGCAAACCACCUUGGGAUCAGCAUUUGUUACAACAGCGUUCCACUCAGAAGCCGACGUCGAUACCGAUGAGUUACCUUCGAUUUGUGCCAUCGAACUCGCAAAAGAGAAGGAGAAAAGAAAUAAAACGCCAACGGAGACGGCAGCAAAGAGAUUUUAAAACCGAAAGAAGGGAGAGAAGAUUGCCUUCAAAGCAAUUGACGAAAUUAGCACCACGUAAAAGGAAUAAGCAACUCGAGAAAUCCGAGUGGUUUCCUUAA